UCAGCAUGUUGAGGGACACAGGUGGCAGGAGGCAGCAGUCCUGCCUUUUCAGGAGGAUGGGAGCUGCAUUCUAAUGAUUUACUGCCCUCUGUGUUCUGCAGUGUGCUUCAGGAAGCAGUUAUGUCUGUCCUGUACCCAUCUCUGGAGGAUCUGAAGGUGGGUCAAGUCAUCCAGGCUCAGGCCAGAGCCUCGCCCAUGAUGCCCACUCUGCCAGCCCCGAUGGCUUCUGCACCCCCACUUUCAGAGUUGUAUCCAAACCUGGCAGAACUGGAGAGUUACAUGGGACUGUCCCUCUCUAGCCAAGAAGUUCAGCAGAACCUGCCUCAGAUUCCAAAUGGUGACAAUAUGGUGGUCACUAGCCCUGGACCUGGCCAGCUGGUAGCGCCAGUAUCUGGGAACAACCUGGGUGUACUGCGUGCAGAGAUCAAGCCUGGCGUGCGAGAGAUCCACCUGUGCAAGGAUGAACGUGGCAAGACUGGACUGCGCCUACAGGCUGUUGACAAGGGGCUCUUUGUGCAGCUGGUGCAGGCCAACACCCCUGCAUCCCUUGUGGGGUUGCGCUUUGGGGACCAGAUCCUGCAGAUUGAUGGCUGUGACUGUGCUGGGUGGAGCACACACAAAGCUCACAAGGCACUGAAGAAGGCAUCAGCAGAGAAGAUUGUCAUGAUUGUUCGGGACAGGCCAUUCCAGAGGACUGUCACCAUGCACAAAGACAGCUCAGGCCAAGUUGGCUUUUCCAUCAAAAAGGGGAAGAUUGUGUCUGUGGUAAAGGGAAGUUCUGCAGCCCGCAAUGGACUUCUAACCAACCACUGUGUGUGUGAGGUGAACGGACAGAACGUCAUUGGGCUCAAGGACAAAAAGAUUACUGAGAUUCUGACCUCAGCUGGAAACGUCAUCACACUGACCAUCAUUCCCACUGUGAUCUACGAGCAUAUGAUCAAAAAGUUGUCCCCAUUGCUGCUUCAGCACACCAUGGACCACUCCAUUCCAGAUACCUGAAGUCACAGGAGGGCAGCGCAGGCUUCCCACCGUCCUGCAGGGAAGACAGCCGUCCUCAGAUGACAGGUUGGAGCCGGCUUGCUGCCUGGGUCUGGGUCCCGGUGAUGUAUAUUGGAUGAGUCUAUCGUUGCUGAUUUUAGACUCCUUCUUGGAUCCUGACUCCUAGCUAUGCCGAGGCACAGGUGGGACUUAGGCACCUGGUUCUCUGUGCCCUAGAUGUUGGGCACUUAGGCAGAACAGCAGAAUGUCACUCACUGAGUGCUGCUGCGUCCCUUUGCAGACUUUGCCUCAUCUAGGAAGUCAGCUGCUUGAUUUGACAGAGGAUUGCCUUGGGUGUACUUUGUCUUGGUUGAUCUUUGUCACAGGUUAUGUAUAGAUUAAUGGUGACCCUUUACUGUCUGUAGGUUAGUUGUAACCCUUUUACUGUCUUUUGAAUAAA